AUGUCCUUGCUUUCUCCAGGAGCUGAAGAUGAACCAGAGCGUUUUGAUGGUCUCUCUCUCUUAUACUGGACCAUUAUGGGCCCUCAUGGAAUAAAUCGAGCUGUUCACCGCAUCUCUUUCUCUGAUUGCCAGAAUGGAUUAGGAGUUAAAAUUAUUGGAGGUUAUCGGGCGCAAACAGCAGAAGAUUAUGGGAUUUUCAUAAAGAGAAUUCUACCUGGGGGCGUGGCUGCUAUAGAUAGCCGUUUGCUCACUGGGGACCUAAUUCUGGAUGUCAAUGGAGAAAACCUGGUUGGAGUAACAAAUGAAAGGGCUGUUGACAUCUUGAGAACAGCCUCCGCCUCUAAUCACAUGUCUCUGCUCGUUGCUAGAGAUGAAGAAGCAAAGAAAGAAUUUCAUGACCUAAUGGAUAAGUAUGGCUCUCACAGUGACACAACCUCUGCAAGAACUUCUCCAACACAUCAUUUAGCUGCAAAAUCUAGAGACAGCCUUUCUUCUGGGUCAUCCUCAAGGUCACAGAGUCCUCAGUUGCAGUUGAAGGAUAACAGCAGCAGCAGAAAUAAUUCUGUCCCACCACCAUCCCCAAAGCUUCCAAAUGACAGUGCUUUUCAGAUUAUCUCUGUUUGCAAAGGAACAAACCUAGGUUUGAAUAUUGUGGGAGGAAUUGACAGAAAUGAAGGGCCUUUGGUAUAUAUUCAAGAAAUUAUCCCUGGUGGUGAUUGCCAUAAGGAUGGACGAUUGAAACCUGGGGAUCAGCUUGUGUCCAUCAACAAAGAGUCCAUGAUUGGAGUCUCCUAUGAAGAGGCAAAAAGUAUAAUCAACAAAACAAAGAUGAGGUAUCUGUUUGAAAAUUUUUGGGAGAUAGCUUUUAUUAGACAGAAAAACAUACACAGUUUUCCACAGAAUCUGCAGCAUCCUUUCAGCCUCUUAACAUCUUCGGUAGCACAUGGAGAGCAACAGGCUGCAACACUUGGUCCUCUUCCCUCUCCCACUGGGAGGCUGGUUUCACCAUUCCCUCCAGAUGCUAUGGAAACUGGAGUCAAGAUGGGAGAGCAAUCUCCAAUUACUGCUCUAGACAGCAAUCCUGCUGAUGUGUCUGCCACGGUUAUUGCCCCCAGCCAGAAUGAUGAUUAUGAGCCCCAAGGAAAGAACUUGAGUAUUUAUCUCAAAACAGAAAAGCUGGAGAGGGCACUGAAUUAUCUUGGGAUUCAGCUCACAGAUGAACAGCAGCAAGCCCUAAGGCAGCAACUUCAUAAAGAUUCUAAAGGAACAGUGACUUUUGGAGAUUUCAUUGAAGUUUCAAGGAAUCUGUUGUCUGUGCAAUCAAAUGAAGCUGAUGACAGCCACAAAUCUGAAACCUUUGGGGUGGGUGAAGUUGCCAGCUUACAGGACUCACAGUUUGUGACCUGUGAUUCCUUGGAGGAUGAUGUGGAAAAACUUAAGAAAGAAAGAAAUGAAGCUUUAAAAGAAAUUAGCAAAUUAAAGGAAGAAUUGUCUGAAUCUGUGAACUUACAGAAGCAGUUAGCAGAGCAGCUUCAAGUAGUCAAGCAAGAAGCCAAGGCAGCUGUGGAGGAGACAAGAGCCCUGCGCAGCAGAAUUCACCUUGCAGAGGCUGCUCAGAGGCAGGCCCGGGGAAUGGAGCUGGACUAUGAGGAGGUGAUUCGCCUCUUAGAGGCUGAAAUUGGAGAACUGAAGGCUCAGCUCACUGAGCAUUCUGGCCAAAAUAAAGAGAGCAUUCACGACUUGAGAAAGAGGGUUACAGUGCUUGACUGUCAGCUGCGGAAAUCAGAGUCGGCCAGGAAGACCUUUGAGGUGGCCACUGAAAAAUUGCUACAAUUUGUAGAGGUUGUGCAUGAAAUACUUUCAGAUAACUCUACUUCCUCAACAAUUUUAAGUGACAGAAGAACAUUGUCCACUAAAGCACUUCUGGCUCGGCUGGGAAGGGUCGGACCUACUGUCACAGCAGCUCUUGCAGCAGAAGCCAGGGACCUUGCCAAGUCCAUCCGUGCCAUUUUGGAAGUGGAUUGUCUGCCUUAUGGAUGGGAAGAAGCUUAUACAGCUGAUGGAAUCAAAUAUUUUAUCAACCACGUGACACAGACCACGUCCUGGAUCCACCCCGUCACGAGCGCUCUGAGCUUGCUUUGCUCCGAGGAGGAGGAGGAUGGGAUCAGAGACCUUCCUGGGCCCAAGAGCUGA